CCAUCCCUGGAUUCUCCAAGCACUGACUGCCCAUCCACUCUGACCACAGCCAGGGGCCACAUCCCACUGCCUGCCCAGCCUCCAUCCAUGGAGGUGACCACCGUGUCCCCAUCUCCUGCCUCACCCACUGAAGGAGAUGAUCUCUGUGAGACAGAUGCCACCAGCGUGGCCAUACACAGUGUGACACUGCUCAUCUGCCUCUGUGGGCUGGCUGGGAACGGGGCUGUGCUCUGGCUCCUUGGCUCCCGCUGUUUGUCCAGGAACAGCACCAUCCUUUACAUUCUCGUGCUGACUCUUCUGGACUUCCUCUUCCUCCUCAUUCUGUUGCCCUCCGCUCUGCUCUUCCUGCUGGAGAAUGUGUCCUGCUCUUCAUCUGUCAUGCCCUUGCAGUAUGUGUGGUUUCUUUUCAGGGUGCCACUGGUGUCACACACCUUUUGUCUGUACACACUGACAUGCAUUAGCAUCCUGAGGUGCCGCUCCAUCCACUGCUCGUUCUGGCUCUGCUGCCGCCGUCCUCAACACCUGUCAUGGGUGGUGCUUGCCCUGCUCAUCACUUUCAUCACUGUCUUUGCCACCAUGAUUUCUCUGUGUUUUGUCCAGCUAUCUGAGCAAUGCUGGGUGUCUCUCAUCUCUGUGCAUGCCUUCAGCCUUCUCCUCUGUGCUCCCAUCAUGCUCAUUUCCAGCACAAUCUUCUGCAUUAAGGUCAAGCCUGGCUCCCAUCAGCAGCAACCCAAGAGACUCAACAUUGUCAUCUGCCUCAUUGUGCUCUUCACUCUGCCCCUCAGCCUCUGGAAUUUACUGCAGUACCUCGGCUACACCAUUGUGUCCUCCCAGAUUGUUUUCCUGCUUGCCUGCAUCCACAGCACCAUCAAACCCUUCAUCUACUUCCUGGUAGGGAGGUGCUGGAGGCCCUGCUCUGUGGGGUCCCUCCGGCUCUCCCUCAGGAGGGUCUUUGAGGAGACAGAAGAAAACACUGACCACAGCCAUGAUCCCACCAUGGACACAGUGCUCUGAGCCUGUUGAAUCUUCCCACUGCACUACUGAGGGACUCUGGGACUGUGGCUGAGGGACUGCUUAAUUCACCUGAUGAAUAAAUAUCUAAAGUGUCACCCUCCCUGUGCUGGUGCAUCACCCAACCCCUUUCCAGUGAGAGCAGUGGUGGAUUUGUCUUUACAAACAUGCUGUGGGUCUGCUGGUAGAUACAACUAGCACUGGGAGAUAAAAGAAACAAUGGGAAGGAUUCCACUGAUUGAUGAAUGGAAGAAGAGAUUUCCAUUUACAAAGAAACUUUAGGUUUGCUGAUAAAUGAAAUUAGACAUCAAAAGGUGAAAGAAACAAUGGGGAAGAAAAACACCUAAUUUGUGUAAGAUUUAAAAAUUGAAAGGGUGGGUUAUACGUUAGAGGGAAAUCUUUAGUGUCAGGUGUACUGGGGAGUCUGUACCUCUCAAAUACCUGAGCCAGUGAAGAAAGAGAGAAGGGAAAUGCGGCCAGGAAAUUAGAACAAAAAGGGAGGCUGUGCCCUCACAAAAAUUGGCGAGAUCCCAGGGGAAUGCCUCAUAGCCUCUACCUUUACUCAAAUAAAGUCAAAG